AUGGACCCCCGCAAUGAACCCAUUGCCGUCAUUGGAUCGGGCUGCCGGUUUCCUGGCGGCGCUGCGUCGCCGUCCAAGCUUUGGGAACUACUUCACUCGCCACGCGAUGUCCUCUGUGAUUUUCCCGAGGAGCGUCUGAACCUUGGUGCAUUCUCACAUCGCGACGGCGAGCAUCAUGGCAGUACCGAUGUCUGCAACAAGAGCUACUUAAUACAGGAAGAUACACGUCACUUCGAUGCCUCGUUCUUCAACAUCAAUCCCGCUGAAGCGGAGGGGAUGGAUCCACAACAACGAAUUGCUCUCGAGGUGGCUUAUGAGGCUAUGGAAUCCGCAGGCUAUGCUCUUAAACAGAUGCAAGGCUCUUUGACUUCUGUACAUCUCGGAGUCAUGACUGCGGACUACAUGCACAUUCAAACGCGCGACCCAGAGACCAUCAAUCGAUAUCAUGCAGUUGGAACUGCGAACAGCAUCUUGUCCAAUCGCGUAUCCUACGUCUUCGACCUGCGUGGACCAUCGAUGACUCUCGACACUGCCUGCUCGUCAUCCUUAGCUGCCGUGCAUCUGGCAGUGCAAUCUCUGCGUCGGGGCGAGUCAAAACUUGCGCUUGCUAUGGGUGCCAAUCUCAUUCUGGAUCCGACUGGUUACAUUUCAGAAUCAAAACUUCACAUGUUAAGCCCGCGGUCGAGAAGCGCAAUGUGGGACGCGAGCGCGGACGGCUAUGCGCGCGGCGAAGGGGUCGCUGCGGUGAUGUUGAAGCCUCUCAGUGACGCCAUUCGUGAUCAGGAUCACAUCGAAUGCAUCGUCCGCGAGACGGGCAUGAACAGCGAUGGGCGUACUCCGGGCAUUACCAUGCCGAGCUUUGAAGCCCAGGCGACCCUCACUACUAUUCCUGACUGGUAUCAGCCCCUGACUGGUAUCAGCCCCCCCAACCCGCCCCGAUUCACCUGA